AUGCUUCUUGGGAAAGUUGGAGACCAAACCUCUGCAAUGCACAACAUAAUUUAAGAGCGCAUAUAAAACACACAUAAACAAUUAAAGCGGUAGUAAACCGCUAAAAAAAAAAUUGUAGUUGGACCCCCUGCAGUAUACUAUCACACAGGGGCGGACUGACAACUCAUGGGGCCCCUGGCCAAUAGGGGAUCAUGGGGCCCCUGUGUCCUUGCCCACACUCAAACCACACCCAAAAAAGCCUAUGAAAGGUACCAGGGGCAUCUCAUGGGGCCACCUACUGACCCCAGGCCCUCGGGCAGUGCCCGAUUGCCUGAAUGGUCAGUCCGCCCCUUC